GUUAGUGUUUCACAGUUUUAUCAAAACGUAAUUCAAUGUCUCAAAGAUCGUUUGAUGGAAAAGUUUACCAAACGCAACUCUGGAAUUGAAAUGCGAGAUAUAAUGUGGAUACUCAUUGUUCCAGCAGAAUUGGGUAACCAAGAAAUCAAUUUGAUGGAAGAAGCGGCAAUGCAGGCGGGUCUUCCGUGGGACCAACUAGCGACUUUGUAUGCACCAAUUGCUUCUAUUGUACACGCUGAAAACAUGGACGAUGAAUACAAAAAGUGUUUGAAUGUGCUGGGAAAGAACAUCGCCGUUGUUGAUGUAAAAGACACUGUGCAAAUCACAGUAUAUCAACGCGGGAGGAACGGAGCACUACGAGAAAUCACAGCUGUCAAUAAUUUGCCUUGUGGAGAGGCUAGCUUUCACGCGGCAUUUGAGAACUUAAUUGUGGAGAUUGUUGGAUCCCGAGUGUGGUCAAAGUUUCGUCAAACGAGUGACUAUUUGGAUUUUACGCGAGAGUGGGAAUCAUUAAAACGUACACGAGUAUCUGGUAGAUUUAAAGUAAUGAAAUUGCCAUGUACGCUUAUGGAUUUGUUCCAAGAGUGUACACAUUCCUGCCUUUCAGAUGCAAUUGAAGCCACAAAAUACACAGAUCUGUUAAAAGUGCAGGCGGGGAAACUAAACAUGGAUUCCGACUUUUUAAUUCAGUUAUUUCAGCCAAGUUUGGACACAUUGACCAGCAACAUCAAUACAGUUUUAGAAAACAAAACUGUCUCAAAUGAUGCUGUUAUACUUCUAGUUGGAGAUUUUGCCGAAUGUGAUGUUGUACAGGACACCAUCAAGCAGGUCUUUUCAGGAAACCGCGUCAUUGUUCCCAAUGAGUGCGGUUUAAGUGCAUUGAAAGGCGGUGUGUUGUAUGGACAUAUGUACGAGUAAGGUGUAACCACUAACUCUUUGGAUACACACUAAGAUGUAUACGUGUCAG